AUGCUUGUCGCUCGAGAUCAGGAGAACCUGGUGGCUCACCACCAUAACGGUGUGGCUCUAAAGCAACAGCAGGCCAGAACCCCAGGAGCGCGAUAUCCCAAGACGCCCGCGAAAAUACCCCUCAAUGACGAGAAUGCCAACCACAUGGUUGGGGGUGCUAAGAGCAUCCUCGGUGGCCGGACAAAAGGAAAUGAGAAUGCCAUGACUUCAAAGGGCUUGAAAGGGGCGGAUAAGUCCAACUUUAUCACUCCAAUGGGACCUCGUACUCGAGCAGUCCUUGGAAACAAGACGACAAAUGCAAAGGCCCAGCGGCAGGGCCAGGGGACCCUUAAUGCCAAGAGCGCAAUCAAGGAGAUCGAGACGUCCAAAGUGGCGGGUCCCAGUACGGUUCGGCCAAAGCAAAAGGCACCACAAGCCGAGUUACAAAAGAAGUUGGAGGUCCACACCGAAGAGGCUGGCCCAUUGAGCGAGGAGGAAGUCGAGUACUGCCCGCCAAAACCGAAGGAUCUCCCUUACGAGUCUGACGUCUUUCCUGACGGUGCUUUGACUUUUGAAGCCCUGAAACCAGAGAAUCUUUUUCAGGGAUACUACCAACAUUACUUCAAUCCCGUUGAUGAAAAUGGUGUGUCACAAUCGGACAGAGAGCUAGAAGAGAAGAACAGAAAAGUGGCGGAGGAGUGUGACAGGAGAGUGCAGCAGGAUAUGGAUGAGUUCGACUGGUCCAUCGGAGAUAUACCAGCGUCUAAGGACUUCUUCAAGAAAAAGCAAAACAAGCUGCCAGCUCCUGUAGCUGACCCCAUCAAGGCGGCGAAUGUGUCGGGGUUGCCGGCUCCUCGUAAGCCGUUGGCUACCAUUGCAUCGAGAAACGCAGCCAGUGCCCUCUCGAUAAAUGACGGCACCAGGUCUAUUCAACGAAAAGCUCUCAAGACUGCGGCCCCCGACCCUGUCAAGAAGAAGACGACCUUUGGCAUAGCUGGUUUGAAGACUGCACGGCAUCCCACCCAGCAGCAUGCUAGCAUCCCCAGAAAGACAUCAAUGGAAAUCAGAGCCAUCGAGGCCAAUUCGCGCAGCACCAUCGGCCACAAUAAGGGGAGAGUCAUGGUUUCUGCUCUUUCCAAGGGCACAACUAGGCCAGUUAUAAAGCCAAGUCAGUUCAAAUCCAAGGUUGUCGGCUUGCCCCGUUCUGAGACCACCACCUCCAUUGAAUCGGACGCGACUAUUACUCCUGCUCGCUAUGCGCACCAGAGAGUGACUACUGCCACUGAAGAUGAGCAGUGGAAGGAGCGAGUUCCGUUCCUUUCCAUCUUCAAUCCUGAGGAUGACGAUGAGUUGGAUCUGGCAGGACCAGGGAUGCCCCCGGUUCUCGACGAAGACGAGGAAGAAUUCCAAAUGACGCUUCCAGAGUAG